GACUUGUCUUCUCGCAUCGGCCGCCACCAACUCCCUCCGAUCCCCCCCACUGCAAGCAACUCCACCGCCGCCGCCGCUAGGGUUUAGCAGUGAAGGGAGGAUCGCCGAUGUCGACGCCUGCGAGGCGCACCAACCGCCGCGGCCCCCCGCCCCCCGGCACCGGCUACGUGCGCCGCGCCCCGGCUCCCGCCCCCGGCCCCGGCCCCGGCCCCGCCGACGCCGCCAAGCCCCUGCGCAAGCCCGUCUUCACUACCAUCGACCAGCUGCGCCCCCAGACGCACGGCCACACCCUCACCGCCCGCGUCCUCGAAGCCCGCACCGUCCUCGAAAAGCACUCCCCGCACAUCGGCCGCACCCGCGUCGCAGAGUGCCUCGUCGGAGACCACACCGGCACCAUCCUCGUCACCGCGCGCAACGACCAGGUUGACCUUGUGAAGCCGAAUACUACAGUGAUCUUCCGCAACGCCAAGAUUGACAUGUUCAAGGGGACCAUGAGGCUGGCAGUGGACAAGUGGGGACGGAUCGAGGUGACUGAUGCUGCUGAUUUCAAGGUGAAGGAAGACAACAACAUGUCGCUGGUGGAGUACGAGCUGGUGGACGUGGCAGAGGAAGAGGAUUGAGUAGAGUCAUAUGACCCUCUGUUGAAUGAAGUCGGGCUGUGGACAUAGAUUUGAGUAAGGCGGCCGUAGUGGUAGGCUCCUUUUUAGUUAUCCUGGUGAUUGGGACUUGUUAGCUUUAAGAUAUGGUUGAAGAAGCAGGUUAAUUAUGUACAGCAGCAGCAGCAAGCACAGCAGCAGCAGCAGGUGGUCUGUCUGGCUGUUGCUUUCUGUCGCGAGGCCUGGUCUAUCUUAAUGCUAUUCUCUCAUUCGGUGUUUAUGAAUCAAUUUCCAUGUUGACAUCUGUUUAAGUUUGUGGUAUGGUGAAGAUGGGUGAUGAUAAUGGAUGCGAUGAUGUUUUGAUA